AUGAAAUUUAUUGAAGCGUUAUUUUUAUUUUUACUCAAUUUGUUUAUUUUUGAGAACCAUGGAAUUUUAUUUGAUGAAAUAUUUGAAAGAUAUAACAGAAGCUUAUCUGAAUUUUUAAGCGAUCACAAUAAAGAUGAAAAAGAGGGUACGGAAUUAUUAACAAGUAAAAUAGAAGAAGAAGAACAAGUAUAUGUUUUAAAGGAUGUUACCAAUGAUUAUAUGAAUGAUAGUAUAUAUGAUAAUGUGAAUUCUUCUGUAAAUGAUUAUUUAAAAGUUAAUACAACGGAUGGUACAAAUAUUGAUAUAAAUAAUAUUAUAAAAGAUACUAUACAAGAUGAUAAAACUGAUACUACAAAUAAUGUUUUAUAUGAUUCAACAAAUACGACUACAAUUGAGAAUUCUAAUGGAAAGAAUAAUAAGGAUGAGUGUGAUCAUUCGUUAGGAAGUAUAAAAAAAAAGAAGAAAAAAAAAAAAAUUAAAAUUAAAGAUAAUAAUAAUAAUAGUAAUUUAUGCGAUGAAAAAAAUAAUGAUGUUAAAAUAGAAAAAGGAGUAAGUAGUCUUCGAUCUGAAGAUAUAUUAAAUCCUUUAAACGAAGACGAUAAUGUUUCAAAUAGUUCUUAUGAUAAUAAUGAUAAGAAGACACAUAUUAUUAACGAAUUAGAAGAAGAAAUAAAAGGCAAAUGUGUAUUUAAUUGGGAUAUUGGUCAAGAGAGCCUUUUAAAAAUGUUUGAUAUGUCCUAUAAUUUUGAAAUUAAUGAUGUGAAUUAUGAAGAUUGGGUUUUAGAUAAUAUACCUACUAAAAAUUUUAGUGAAAGAAGUGGUAGAGUUCAAGAGAUGUUUAAAGUAGUUAUUAAUUCAAAUGAUGGUUCUGAUACUGCUGUAAGAUUAUUUGUGAAAAAAAUACCUAUAAAGGUAUGGAUAAAACAAUAUAAUUUAAUGAAGAAAUAUAAAGGAGAAUAUGUAUUUGGUUCAGAAAAUUUUAUAAUGGAAGCAAUGGCAUUAUCAUUUUUAACUGAAUAUCAUCCAGGUAUAGCACCUAAAUUAUAUAAAGUAUUAAUUGAACCAGAAAAUAUUUAUUAUUAUGAAGGUAUGACAAAAGAAAAAAUGUUUUCUAAUAUGAAUACAUUAAAUGAAAUAUUAUCUAAAGGUAUAAACGAUGAUAUAGGAGGAAAUAUUGUGAUCGUAUCAGAAUUAUUUGGUAAAGAUAUAAAAAAAUUUUUAUUUACAGAAAGUGAAAAUAUUUUAUCUGUUAUAGAAAAUAAUACUAAAAAAAUGUAUCUUAAUGAAUCAUUAAAAUUAUUAGUAAGAUUACAUGAAGCAGGUUUAGCGCAUCUUGAUUUUACAGCUGAAAAUAUAUUAAUAAAAGACAAUGGAGAUAUGCGAUUGUGCGAUUUUGGUAAAAGUACUCUUGUUUAUACAUAUAAUUUGAGACAUAUAAAAAACGAAAACGGUUUAUGUUAUUUUGAAUCGUGUAUCCCUAGUAUUGGAAAAAUUGCAUAUAUACCACCUGAAUGUUGGGAAAUUAAGAAAUUACACAAAACAGAGAAAAUAAGAAAUCCAUAUACAUGUUUACGUAAUUUAACAGAUCAAGAACAAAGAAAACGCUUUUAUUUUGAUGUUUUAUCUGCUGACAAAUUUAUGGUUGCAGCUUUUUUUAUAUGGAUGUGGAAUGAAGGACAUAUAUGGGAUAAGGCUACUGCAUCACAAGAUGAAAUUUUUUUCAAAAUUGUAGAAAAUGAUAUGAGUCUAAAUGCAUUGAAACUAUCAAAAAAAUGGCCACGUGCAUUAAAAUCUAUAAUUAAGGAUCUAAUAUCACUUGAGAGUAGGAAGAAUAUUAAUUUAAAAGAUUUAAUUGACCAUCCAUGGUUUACCAAAAAAUAA